AUGGAUGAUCCAUCGUUAUUACCUUUUUUAAAUAGCAAUGGUAAUGGACAUCAUUAUUCAAUUAAUAUGGAGGAUGAAAUUGAACAUGAAGAAGAUGAAUUAGAUGAGGAUGAUGAAGAGGAAGAUGAGGAUGAUGAUAAUGUUGUUGAUGAUGAAAAUGUUUUACAAAAUUAUGAUCAAAUUCAACAAUAUCCGGAAGAUGAAAUUGAUGAAGAUGAAAUUGAAGAAGAUGAUAUUGAUGAUGAAGAAAAUCAAGAUGAGCAAGAAAUUCUUAUACCACCACCACCACCACAACAACAACAACAAACAAUUCAAUCUGAACGUGGUGGACGUCGAAAAGGCGUACCACGUCGUUUACAAUUAUCUCCACAAAUAAAUAAAACUCCACAACAACGUUUAUUACCAUUGUCAUUAUCAAAAUCUUCAUCAAGUGUUCUUCAUCAUGAACAAUCAAUAUUAACAUCUGAUCAAGAAGAUGUCAAUGAAAAUAAUAAUAAUGAUUUAAAUAAUGAAAAUCAUAUUGAUGAAUAUUAUCAACAUAAACAACAAAAUUGUAUUCAACUAGAUUUAUUAUCUAGACAUUUAAUUGAUAAUAAUCAAGAUGAUUAUGAUGAAAAUAAUAAUAAUAACUAUUAUAAUGAUGAUGAUAAUAUUUUAGAAAUUGUUGAUGAUAUUUUAGCUGAUAUUGUUACAAAAAUUGUACGAGAUAUAAGACAACAACGACAAACAAAUUUUAAACAACAACAACAACAAAUAAAUAAUAGUAAAAAUAAUGGAUAUCUAUAUCAUAAGCAAUCAACAAAUGGUGUAACUAAAUCUAUACAAAAACGAGAACAAAAAAUUACUAAUGGAAAACAUAAUACUAGUGAUUUUCUUCAAACAAACAGCAUAAAAUCCUCAAAAUCUCAAUCUCAACAAUCUUUAUCAUCAUCAUCAAAAUUAUCGGAUUCAUCUACAUUAUUUAAUGAAUUUACUAAAAUGAUGCAUUUGAAUUCUCAACAACAAAUAACCAAACAUAAACAUUCAUCAUCAUCAUUUUCUUCUCCACCAUCAGCUAAACGACAAAAAACAUCUGAAACAUUAUCAUCAUCAUCUCAACCAACAACAUCAUUAUCAUUACAACAACAUCAACAACUUCUAUGGCAAAUGACACAACAAUUAAUGAUGUCAACACAUUCAAAUGAUACCGAUAGUUCAUCUUUACUUAAACAACAAUUACUUGGUUUAACAUCACCCGGUACAAUACCAAAACGAGUAGGUCGUCCACCAAAACAACACACACAACCACAAAUAAUGCGUUCAAGUACAAACAUGAUACCACCAACAUCUCAUUCAUCUGCAAAUACAUCACCAUUUGAACGUGGUAAUUUUGCACCAAGACGUCGAGGAAGACCACCUAAAUAUGUUACUGAACGUGGAAUUAUACCUGGUCUACCAUCACAUGAUCUUGAUCCAUCAUCAUAUGAUCAGUUAUUUGCUGCAAUCGAAAAUAGUGUUACUGGAAAUUCUCCACGAACAUCAUCUGCAGCGUUUCAAUCAGCAUUAGCAUCUAUGCUUGGACAUCAAUCUAGUUUAUCAAUACCACCGCCCAUACCUGCUGCUCCAGUCGUAAGAAAUGGGGCACCAGCGUCAAUGGUCAAACAGUCAGCUGGACAAACACGUCAUAGUUUACCAGCAUCAACAAAUACUUCGAAAUUAUCACAUGUUAUAGGAGGAACAGGUAAUGGACUUGAUAUGCCAUUAAUGGCAACAAAAAAACGUGGUCCUGGUCGACCACCUAAAAGUCAAAUGUUACUUGAUUCUCAUCAAGUUUUACAAGCAACCAAACGAAUGAAUUCAUCUUCAUCAUUAUCAAAUAAUAAUACUAAUAAUUUUCCACCAACAAUGGUUCCGUCAUCACCAACUUCCUUUAAUUUAAAUGCUGCUUUUGUUGAUAUGUUACAACAACAACAGCAGCAACAUCCACAUUAG